GGAUGAAGGAAGGGAGGAGUAAAUAGAGCGAGAAGCAGACGGUCGAGUCGAGGUAAGCUGAGCUGAGCAUGUCGGCUGGGUCCUUCCGGCAUGACGACAAGCGUGGUGUACGUAAGCGGCGGAGAGCCCCGGCGGGGCCCGGGAUUGGCUGGAGGCCCCGGCGGUGGCCUCACCCGUCGGGCGCUAACGUCAGGCACUCCGCAUCCAGGCACUCUUUGUCUCUCCGUUGUGAUUCACUCUUCCUCUCCGCAUUCUCUCCCAGUAGCAUAUUCUUAUCCACUCGGCAUCCGGACGGAGAAGCAGGUCUGCGAUCGGUACCUGGUGGGUAUAUCACGAUGAUCUAUUGUUUGGAUUUUCCCUGUCCACUCGAGUCUGCCCUGGACCCGCCGAAGCUAUGACCACCCCGAUAUAUAUCUAUCAUAUCCCUGUUUCCUCAAACGUCAUCAGACGAUCUGGCCCUCACCUGACCACGGCUCGGUUACACCACAUCAAUACUACUUGUCCUCAGACAUGGAUUACAGCUCAC